AUGUGGACGCGUACCUACCUGGUAUUGCUGGUGGUUCGCUUGUAUCUGGCUCUCCAGCCGAGCUAUAUCCAUCCGGAUGAAAACUUUCAAGGCCCAGAGGUCAUCGCAGGCAAGACGUUCGCUUUUCCUCACCAUCUGACCUGGGAGUUCACAACCGAGAAUCCCGUCCGAAGUGUCUUUCCACUAUGGCCGGUAUACGGCCUUCCGAUGGUGGUGCUCCAUUGGAUCUGGUCAGAACUAGGUACAAACGAGGUCCCUCCACAGGUUGUCUACUAUACGCUACGAAUCCUGAUGUUCAUCUUGAGCUUCGUACUGGAAGAUUGGGCAGUACAUGAACUCGUUCAAUCUCCCGGACAUCGAAGGCUGGCCGUUACAUUGGUCGCGUCCUCAUACGUGACCUGGACGUACCAAACACACACCUUCUCCAAUUCCGUCGAGACCCUGGUUGUGGCAUGGAGUCUGGUCAUGGUCCAGCGGAUUCUCGACAAUAAACAACGAUCCUCGCUCCUUUCCUCGGCCAUCCUGGGCUGCCUAAUCACCUUUGGCAUCUUUAAUCGUGUCACAUUUCCUGCCUACCUCCUCGUUCCUAGCCUUUAUCUAUUGCCACAUUUCUUCCGCAGACCCUUUUCUCUUCUUGUCCUCUCCAUCGCUACCCUUCUCACGAUCAGUCUCGCCAUCGUCGUAGACACAAGCUUCUACCAAACAGAUAGCCCACUACUCAAUACUCUUCUCACCAAUCCCACUUUCACACCCCUAAACUCUCUCCUCUACAAUACCCAGACCUCCAACCUUGCCACGCAUGGUCUACAUCCACACUACCACCACCUCGUCGCUUCUCUACCCCUCCUCCUGGGUCCAGCCCUCUACCUAUUCAUUACCGCUCCUAUCAGAAAUGUUCCGCGCUUGCCUGUGCUGUCGGCGAUGUCCGGAAUACUCCUCCUCAGCUGCAUACCUCACCAAGAACCACGCUUUCUACUACCUGCCAUACCGCUUCUACUUUCAUCAAUACACCUACCAAGAUCUAAAUCGUUGACGAAAUACUGGCUGGCAGCCUGGAUAGGGUUCAAUAUUUUGUUUGGCGUCCUCAUGGGAGUAUACCACCAAGGCGGUGUGGUCCCCGCACAAACAUGGCUAGGGCAGCAGACCAAACUUGGGGUAAGCAUGGGAGAGGUUUUUUGGUGGCGUACCUACAGUCCACCCAUUUGGCUCCUGGACCACAACCCUAUACGGACCACCGAUUUGAUGGGCAUACCUUUCGCAACACUACAAACGCAGGUCGAGACAGCUCUCGGGUCAGAAUGCAACCCGAACGAAAGCGUUGGACUCGUUGCGCCGUACUCUAGCAUGGAAAUCGAUCACUGGAUUGCAACAAGCGCUGAGAAUCAGGCGUUCGCGUUUGAGGAGAUUUGGAGGUAUGGUCAACAUCUGAAUCUGGAUGACUUGGAUAUUGGGGAGGAGGGAAUUUGGAGGACGCUAGGAAGGGUGGUAGGGAGAAGAGGGUUGGUCGUUUGGAAGGUUAGGAGGGUGUGUGGAGUCCGCAUGGGGGAGGAGGUAAGGGGAAUUAUGCGUGAAAACUGGUAG